GCUGCAUUACGGCAUCAGGUUUCCUGAACACGUACCGCAUUAGCCCGGGCGAGUGGCACUGCUGAGUGGUAUGUGUCUCCCCAAUGGGUCACCAACCCCGCUAUCUUCCAGCCCUGGCACCAAGUUGUCCUCAGGUCACCGUGAGCGAGCGUUUCCGUCCGUGCGCGCUCCCGCCGCUCGGUGACGUCAGCCGGCGUUGCUGCAGUGACGGAGGAAGAUGGCGGCGCGGCGCAGUCAGCUUUCUCCGAGCGCCUCGGACCCGGGCCCAUCAGCGGUUGCGACCGCGGCUCCGACCUCCGACAGGCCUGACUCGCCAGGAUUCACCGGCGGCAACGUCACUCCCCCGGGGACGGCGACAGGCGGCCCAGUGAGUGACUCGGGCCGAGAGCUGUUCGAGGCCUGCAGAAACGGCGAUGUUUUGCGGGUGAAGCGCUUGGUGGACUCGGGCAACGUGAACGCCAAGGACAUGGCCGGCAGAAAAUCGACUCCGCUUCACUUCGCUGCAGGAUUUGGCAGAAAGGAUGUUGUUGAACACCUCUUACAAAAUGGUGCAAAUGUUCAUGCUCGUGAUGAUGGUGGUUUGAUCCCACUUCAUAACGCCUGCUCAUUUGGUCACGCAGAAGUGGUCAGUUUGCUGCUGUGUCACGGAGCAGAUUCAAAUGCUCGAGACAAUUGGAAUUACACUCCUUUGCAUGAAGCAGCAAUCAAAGGAAAGAUUGAUGUCUGCAUUGUUCUUCUGCAGCAUGGAGCUGAUCCCAACAUUCGAAAUACUGAUGGGAAAACUGCUCAAGACUUAGCAGAUCCUUCUGCAAAAGCUGUACUAACAGGUGAAUACAAGAAGGAUGAGCUUCUAGAAGCAGCAAGGAGCGGUAAUGAAGAGAAGCUCAUGGCUCUGCUUACUCCACUAAAUGUGAACUGUCAUGCCAGUGAUGGAAGAAAAACUGCAGAACCUCACCCCAUCAGUCUACGAUGUAGAAAUGGAAAUAUGUCAUCAUUGUUUGGUGCAUUUUUCCAGUCUACUCCUCUACACCUGGCAGCCGGUUACAAUCGUGUGCGAAUUGUUCAACUCCUCCUCCAGCAUGGAGCAGAUGUACACGCCAAGGACAAAGGUGGCCUUGUACCUCUUCAUAAUGCUUGCUCAUAUGGACAUUAUGAAGUCACUGAAUUAUUGUUGAAGCAUGGAGCCUGUGUAAAUGCCAUGGAUCUCUGGCAAUUCACACCACUGCAUGAAGCUGCAUCUAAGAACAGGGUGGAAGUCUGUUCACUUCUAUUAAGCCAUGGUGCAGACCCCACCCUAGUAAAUUGCCAUGGUAAGAGUGCAAUGGAUAUGGCUCCCACUCCAGAAUUAAAAGAAAGGCUUGCAUAUGAAUUUAAAGGCCAUUCCUUACUGCAAGCUGCAAAGGAAGCAGAUUUGGCAAAAGUGAAAAAGAGUCUUGCCUUAGAGAUAAUAAAUUUCAAGCAUCCACAGACCCAUGAAACCCCACUGCAUUGUGCUGUGGCUUCGCAGCACCCCAAACGCAAGCAGGUAACAGAGCUGCUUUUGAGAAAAGGAGCAAAUGUGAAUGAAAAAAAUAAAGAUUUUCUUACACCACUACAUGUGGCUGCGGAAAGAGCACACAAUGAUGUGGUGGAAGUCCUUCACAAGCACGGAGCGAAGAUGAAUGCUUUGGAUACACUUGGUCAAGCAGCUUUACAUAGAGCAGCACAUGGUGGUCACUUACAGACAUGUCGCCUCUUGUUAAGUUAUGGUAGCGACCCUUCCAUUUUGUCUCUUCAAGGGUUUACAGCCGCACAAAUGGGGAAUGAGUCUGUGCAGCAGAUACUUAAUGAGAAUGUUCCAUUGCACAAUUCAGAUGUUGAUUAUCGACUCCUGGAGGCAGCAAAGGCUGGAGACCUGGAAACUGUGAAGCAAUUGUGCACAACCCAGAAUGUGAACUGCAGGGACCUGGAAGGACGGCACUCCACCCCACUGCACUUUGCUGCAGGUUACAAUCGGGUGGCUGUAGUAGAGUACCUGCUCCAUCAUGGUGCUGAUGUGCACGCCAAAGACAAGGGGGGUCUAGUGCCCUUGCAUAAUGCUUGCUCGUAUGGACAUUAUGAAGUAGCAGAACUUCUGGUAAGGCAUGGUGCCUCAGUGAAUGUGGCUGAUCUAUGGAAAUUCACACCUUUACAUGAAGCAGCAGCCAAAGGCAAAUAUGAAAUUUGCAAGCUUCUUUUAAAGCAUGGAGCUGACCCAACAAAGAAGAACAGAGAUGGCAAUACACCUCUGGACCUUGUGAAAGAGGGAGAUACAGAUAUUCAGGACUUGCUACGAGGAGAUGCUGCUUUGCUUGAUGCUGCCAAGAAAGGCUGCCUAGCCCGAGUCCAGAAGUUAUGUAGCCCAGAGAACAUAAAUUGCAGAGAUACUCAAGGAAGGAACUCAACACCACUCCAUCUUGCAGCUGGCUAUAAUAACCUUGAGGUGGCUGACUAUCUUUUGGAGCACGGUGCAGAUGUAAAUGCACAAGACAAAGGGGGCCUUAUUCCCCUUCACAAUGCAGCAUCCUAUGGGCAUGUGGAUAUUGCAGCACUUUUAAUCAAAUACAACACCUGUGUAAAUGCAACUGAUAAGUGGGCCUUCACACCAUUACAUGAAGCAGCACAGAAAGGAAGAACACAACUAUGUGCUCUGCUGCUAGCUCAUGGGGCAGACCCUACCAUGAAGAACCAGGAAGGCCAGACUCCUUUAGAUUUGGCUACGGCUGAUGAUAUUAGGGCCUUGCUCAUCGAUGCUAUGCCCCCAGAAGCCCUCCCGAGUUGUUAUAAACCUCAGGCAACUGUUGUUAGUGCAGCAGUGAUUUCUCCAGCCUCAACUCCUUCUUGCUUGUCUGCUGCUAGCAGUAUAGAUAACCUGAGCGGCCCACUUGCAGAAUUGGCUGCUGGUGGUUCCUCGGGUGCAGCUGAUGGAGCUACCGGCACUGAGAGGAAAGAGGGUGAAGUUACCGUACUUGAUAUGAACAUAAACCAAUUCCUUAAAAGUCUGGGCUUGGAACACCUGCGAGAUAUUUUUGAAAGGGAACAGAUUACUUUGGAUGUGCUGGCUGACAUGGGACAUGAAGAGCUGAAAGAAAUUGGAAUUAAUGCCUAUGGGCACCGUCACAAAUUAAUCAAGGGUGUUGAACGACUGCUUGGGGGACAACAAGGUACAAAUCCUUACUUGACUUUCCAUUGUGCCAGCCAAGGAACCAUUCUUAUUGAUCUUGCACCAGAUGACAAAGAAUAUCAGUCUGUGGAGGAAGAGAUGCAAAGUACUAUCCGUGAACACAGAGAUGGUGGGACAGCAGGUGGAGUUUUUAAUAGAUACCAUAUCAUUAAGAUUCAAAAAGUUGUGAACAAGAAACUUCGGGAGCGGUUUAUUCACCGGCAGAAGGAGGUAGCAGAGGAAAAUCAUAAUCAUCACAAUGAAAGGAUGCUCUUUCACGGUUCUCCAUUCAUCAAUGCUAUCAUUUAUAAAGGGUUUGAUGAAAGACAUGCAUAUAUUGGUGGGAUGUUUGGUGCAGGCAUUUACUUCGCAGAGAAUUCCUCAAAAAGCAAUCAGUAUGUCUAUGGCAUUGGAGGGGGUACUGGAUGCCCAACUCAUAAGGAUCGGUCAUGUUACAUAUGCCACAGACAAAUGCUCUUCUGUAGAGUUACACUCGGGAAGUCAUUUCUACAGUUUAGUGCAAUGAAGAUGGCUCAUGCCCCACCAGGACAUCAUUCUGUGAUUGGAAGACCUAGUGUCAAUGGACUUGCUUACGCAGAAUAUGUUAUCUACAGAGGAGAGCAGGCAUAUCCAGAGUACCUCAUCACAUACCAGAUUCUGAAGCCAGAAAGUCCAUCACAGCAGAUAACAGCGAGUGAACAGAAGUCAUAGUACAAGUCAAACCUUGGCACCAAAGUGAACUUGCGAUGAAUGCCUUUCCAUCUGACUGUUACAGUAUUUAUUUGAGAGAAACUUUAAAAAUUAUUCUGGUGUUUCAGUUUCUAAUUUUGCCCGCCCCCCCCCCCACCACCCCCAAAGGAAACUUGCAUUUUACAUCACUACCGAACCGAUAGCUGUGUGUCCCUCCCUUUCCAAAAUUGCUACUUGUUUUUAAGUUACAAAGUUUUGUUUUAUUUUUUCCCUGCCAUUCAUCCCUCCCUCACCUUAUUUUUCAAAUAAAUUGGACCUUUGAAGUGCUGUUAAUUGGAAGCAUUGGAGAGCUGGUUAAAAUGCACUUCUGCGUGGCUUCUUUGGUUGAUGGUGAUAGUUGCCAUUAUAGUCGAUUGAAGUUGUUUUUUAAUCAGUUGUUACUUUUUAGCCGGCCAUUGUAACUAACCAAAUUUGUCACCAUAACACCCGCCUUAAAAAGCCAAAGAGGUGGCCUGAUUUAUAAGAAGAUUAAAUUGCUUAAUGAGAGCCAAUGAAUAAAAAUAAUCUGUAAAUCAGUGGUACUGCAGCUUCAGCCAAAUCAGUGAUGCUAAAACUCAAUGGCUCACUGCAUUGCAUAACACUGUUUAUUUGCAUGCCAGUUAAAUUACACGCUGGGAUUCUCUAGAGAGGUAAUUUUCAUGGGUAUGGUUUCCAAAGUAAACAUUUGGUUUACCAAGCUUUAAAGAUUGGAUGCUCUGAAAACAAAUUUGGAUAAAUAAUGAAGUUUUGCACUUUUAUAUAACCUGAAUUUAAAUUUUGACAUUCUAUGUAACUUAAUGAAAAAACAUGUUUGACUGUAGCUUAAAACAAAUCUGGUUUAAUGGCAGAUGCCCAUUAAAUAGGUAACUUUUCUCGCUCAGCAAAAGAUGCCAACAUUGGCUAAUGAGCAGUGUGGACAGAAUGAAAUAAGCUGCGGACUAAUGCUUUGUUGCUUUCUGCUUGAUUAUCCUCUUUCAAAUGAUGAUGUGGAGCAAAGGUUGGCCUGAUAUUUUCUACUGCAACCCAGUUGAGGAGCAUUAUAUAUUUGUAAAUGAAAAAUCCAGCUCACUUUGUAAAACUUUGCAAAUCCUGAGAUCCUGUGAGCUUUAUGAAUGAAACUUUUGGAUGGUUGCGUGUAGCAAAACUGUAACUUGUUCUAGCACCAUUAUUAAGAUCACAAAGCCCACAAGCACGAUAACAGGAUAUCUUUGGAAUCCUGUGAUUAAAUUGCAUCCUUGUAAUGUAGUAUUCCAUCAUUUUUAAGAAGAUUAAUCUUAACAUGGAGCUAUACUGCUGUCUAAAUGCUGCACUGACCCACAUUCUAACCUGAGGCUAUUAUAAAGUCAUAACUGUCGAAUAAUAUCAUAAUUUUCCAGAAGAUAUAAUGGAAUUUAUUCAGCAGUUCUAAAGCAACAGUAAAAGGUAAUUUAGAAUGUAGUACAUAAUUUACUGAAAGUUAAUGCAAUAUUUAUGUGAGUGUGCAGAUUAUCUCAUGUUAUGUAGCAGAUUCCGUGAUGUUAUAUGCUACUUGUUUGAGUCUGGCUGAUUGUUUACCCAUGCACGUAAUUAGAUUUAAUAUCCCACUGCACUAUGAAUUGGAUUUUUUUUGAAGAAGGAAGAAUUGAAUAGCUUUUGGAAAGGAGGGAAAAGUACAGUGGUCAGAUUUAUUUUCUAUCCAUAGCUCUGUUAAUUCCACAUACCAGAGUUGAUGUCCACGUACACCUUGAACUGUGUUAGCUACUUGCAGUGCAUACGCAAAAUUGCCCUUUACUGUUUUGGGUAGUUGAAACCUGAUACCAUGUUUACUUAGUUUUUUGCACUCUGCUUUCAGUGUGUUUUGCUCUUUGCUUCUUCUUAUGUAGUCUCUCUGAUGUGUUGUGAUGUUUCAGACUCUAAGCGUAUACUCUACUGGGUGUAUUCUGUUCAUUUAAUCAGUUUGAAUCACAUUGGAGUGGUGUCAUAUUGCAAAUGACUUUCUUUCUGCAUUGUGUUACCUUAAUAUUCACAGUCUUGAAUAUGUAUUGGAUUAAUCACAAUCUGUUGACAUUGAGUGUAUUUGUAAAAGGCAUCACCUUCCACUUGUGAUUGAUUUUGUUGCUGAUAAGAAAAGCUCAACAACUUCAGAACAGUAGAAUCAUUGAUGAUCUGCAGCUCUGAAAGGUAGGAUUAUUUGUAAAGAAGCUUCACUUUGAGUUUCUAAAGGUGACUUACUUGGGGGAGAGAGUGAGCAGUGUGACCUGAUAUUAAAUGGCAUUAGAAAAAAAAUGUUAAAUUUAAGAACUUUCAUAAUUAAUAUUCAAUGCAAAUUUGUAGCAAGCCUUGAAUUACAUGAACUGUCAAAAGAUGGUGAUGAUGUCGAUGGCUAUUUUGUUCCUGAAAAUCAGCUUUCUGGGAGCAUCUACUAAUCAAUCUUACUAGUUUGAAAUAUGCUAAACAGAUGGACUUGAUUGACCUUCAAUUUCCUAAGAAAUAAAAACACCAAGUGUUAAUUAUGCCAUCACACCACAAGGUCAUGAUGCUAUUCAAGAAUAAUUCUUUCCUGAAGUGUUUUUGAGUUACAACCUUUUUGCAGUAAGCUAUUGCAAAAACAGAUGUGCUGAUCUGCAAACAGUGAAGCUAUGUGAUUGAAGAGGUCAAAUUAUUUUAUCGCAAACUUCACAUUAACCUAGUUUUUCUCAGAUUUGUUUGUUUUAUAACUGGCAUUAAACAGACUAUUACAUCUAACAUGCAGAAGGACCAGCUACACAUCUGCCCAUUGCACUGAGCUUCAAUGGCUACCUUCAAUACUCAAUUUGUGAAUGUGGAUUGGCACUUAAAACUAGAGGUAAAUUGUGCCCCUCCAAGUCAUGCCCUCUGCAAAUAAAUGCAAAGCUCUGUACAAAUGCCACAAUGUCAUUUUGUCUGUCAGUUUUCCUCCUGUUUUAUUUAUUAUGUUGUCAGAAUUCAUUCAUUAGCCAACUUAUUAGAAAUGGCCCUUUUUCUGGAAGUGAGCCUGCAUGAGCAUUUAAAAAAAUGUGGAAAACCUUGCCUGCAUUGUGGUUAAAGGUAUGUUGUAAGCUUUAUUUUUUUUGGAGUCAGCCAAAUCUCCAAAGUAUGAAUAAUUACCCCAUGGUUUGCUUAACAGCAAACAUCACUGCAGUAUAGCUUUGAUGUGAUGACCUUGUUUGCACAAUUAUUUUAUUCCUGUAUUUAACUGUUCAGAUUAAUGCCACAGUUGUGCAUCCAUUAAUUUUAUAUUUUGCAUAGAUAAUCAAGUUUUAGAACAAGUUCUCUUGUUUUAGCAUCUCUCUCUUGUGUUUUGAGGUAUUGAGAUUGCACGUAGCAAUAUUUUUGCUUGCCUACAAGGAAUUAUCAAUGAGUGGGCAGCAGAUGUUGUAUUAUACAAGACAAUGGGCACAGAUCGUUAUUCCUCAUAGUUUUACCACCUACCAACUGAGAAGCAAGGGUACAUCAACAAAAGAAGGACAGUUGAAGCUAAAUAACAUUUUUUUUUGAAGGAAAAUAAGAUAUUAACCCUGCAAGUUCUUUUCAAAUUUAGGCUUUUUUGAUAGUUUUUCUUUAACACUAACAAAUAUGAUCGCCUUCUGUCAAAUGCAUCAAGAUCCAUUCCUAGGUUAUAAGCAAAUGUGGUAUUUAUAGCCUUGAAAUGUGUCUAAACGGUCUGUAUAAAUGUGGUUGAUGGUUCAAUGCAUGGAUUGUGGAUGCUUUCUAGAUAAUCACUCCAAGCGCAUCCCACUGAAUUAACAGUUAUAGACAGGUUGCCUUAAUAGUUCAGCUCCCUUUGGUAAAUUGACAUACUUGUCACUUAAAAAGUGUGUCGGAAUUAAAGGGAAAAAAAUGACCCUUAAUUGUAAUCCACACUAACUACUUCAUUUCAAAUGCAUUAUUUUUUCCUUAUUUCAGCCUCUCUCCCCAUUUAGAUUAAUUUGUUUUUUCCCUGAUCAUUGCAUUCUUAGAUUACCAUUUACACUAUGUUACAGAAUGUAUUAUGUAUUGUACUUGAUAAAUCAAGUGACCUUCUGUUUUGUAUUUUACUUUGUAAUUAUGGUAUUUUUAAUAUGCACAUUUUGUCAAUACAAGGUGCUAAUGUUUUUUGCCGGCAAACACUUGAAAUGGGUGUUGAGUAAUUUAAUAUAGAUAUAGAUGCCAUUUACUUUUCCAGUGGCUUGAAAUUGUACGUAUAAAAAUGGAGACUGUACAUAUGUAUUUUAGUUUGUAAAUGUAUUGGUAGUAAUUUCAGUGAAAAUAUUGUUGGAAAUGUGAAUAUGUCUACACCAACAAGGAUGGGAAAGUUGUAAACUUGAUUGGUAUGUUUUUAUGUAAUUGGAAUCUUGAUAUAUUUCCUUCUCCUUUUCUUUAAGUUUCUGAUUAUUUUCAUAAUUUGGAGUGUACAGCUGUGUGUAAGGUUUGACUUGUAAAGUUGUACUGAGUUGUGAUGUGUGUGGUACUGAAGUAACUGUUAAUAAACUGCAGUGAUGCCAACUUGAAA